CCUAUCGACUUCUGAGGGCGAACUGGAAGCCCCGAGGGACUGGGAGUCAUCACUCUCCCAUGUUCCUUACUGAUGCUCCCAAAGCGGGAUCCCUAGAACUUGGGAGUCCAGCAUGGUUCUUGGCACAUAAUAGGCACUCCAAUAAUGUUUGGACCCCAAAGGAGACCCUAAGAAGCAAAACAGGAUGACCUGAUCACCCCUCUCCUAGACUUCCCUCCCUCUGAGAAAUGCCCAGAAGCUUCUCGGGGAGGCAUUUGCUAGCCUGGACAUCACAGGCACUCAGGGGGCAGCUCUGGCCCCUGCCUUCUGUCAUCAGCAUAAUGCAUCCAUAUCUACAAUAUGGCGAAUUUCAUAUCCUCCCACCCUCUUCCCUGCAUUAUUGAUGGGUGAUGCACUUUAAAAAAAAAAAAUCAAUUAGAUCAGGGCGUGGAGCUGGAGUUAAAAGAGAAAAGAAGCCUUUAAAAGUCUGCACUUCUUUCUGCUGUUUUGAAUAGGAACAGAUAAAGCUUCCCCUCUGGUUUGAAUAAGUCAAGCCCAGGGCUAGGUUGGCGGUGAUUGGCCAGGACUGGGAAAAUGAGGUUAAGAUGCAAACACAAGCAAAUAUAAGGCAGUGGUCUGUGCAGCCAUUACUAGGCUAAGGCAGCGGAACCUGGCACCUUCUGCUUUGGGUUGGUUCUCCGGAACUGCUGCUACUUUCUCGCCAGAAAACCAGGAAGACCGGUGGGGGAGAAGGCAAGCCUUGCGAAGACCAGCACCAUGUCUCUGAGCGGCGCCUUCAGGGCCGUGGGCAACGAGCCUGGGAUCAUCACCUGGCGGAUCGAGAAACUGGAGCUGGCGCUGGUGCCCCUGAGUGCCCAUGGCAACUUCUAUGAGGGGGACUGCUACGUCAUCCUCUCGACACGAAGAGUGGGCAGCCUCCUCUCCCAGGACAUCCACUUCUGGAUCGGGAAGGACUCCUCCCAGGAUGAGCAGAGCUGCGCGGCCAUCUACACUACACAGCUGGACGACUACCUGGGAGGUAGCCCUGUGCAGCACCGAGAGGUCCAGUACCAUGAGUCUGACACCUUCCACGGCUACUUCAAGCAGGGCAUCGUCUACAAGAAGGGGGGUGUGGCCUCCGGGAUGAAGCAUGUGGAGACCAACACCUAUGACGUGAAACGGCUGCUACACGUGAAGGGGAAAAGAAACAUCAGGGCCACCGAGGUGGAAAUGAGCUGGGACAGUUUUAACCAAGGUGAUGUCUUCUUGCUGGACCUUGGGAAGGUCAUCAUCCAAUGGAAUGGCCCAGAGAGCAACAGCGGAGAGCGCCUGAAGGCUAUGCUUCUGGCAAAGGAUAUUCGGGACAGAGAGCGAGGGGGCCGUGCUGAAAUAGGUGUGAUCGAGGGAGACAAGGAGGCAGCGAGUCCGGAGCUGAUGAAGGUCCUUCAGGACACCCUCGGCCAACGCUCCAUUAUCAAGCCUGCAGUCCCCGAUGAGAUCAUAGAUCAGCAGCAGAAAUCAAACAUCAUGUUGUAUCAUGUCUCAGACUCAGCUGGGCAGCUGGCAGUCACAGAGGUAGCAACAAGACCACUGGUCCAGGAUUUACUGAACCAUGAUGACUGCUACAUCUUAGACCAAAGUGGGACCAAGAUCUACGUGUGGAAAGGAAGAGGGGCCACAAAGAUUGAGAAACAGACAGCCAUGUCUAAAGCCCUGAGCUUCAUCCAGAUGAAGGGCUACCCCAGCAGCACCAACAUAGAGACCGUCAACGACGGUGCCGAGUCGGCCAUGUUUAAGCAGUUGUUCCAGAAGUGGUCAGUGAAGGACCAGACCACCGGCCUGGGGAAAACAUUUGGCAUUGGCAAAAUCGCUAAAGUUUUCCAGGAGAAAUUUGAUGUGACCCUGCUGCACGCCAAGCCGGAGGUGGCUGCCCAGGAAAGAAUGGUCGAUGAUGGCAAUGGAAAAGUUGAGGUCUGGAGAAUUGAAAACCUGGAGCUGGUCCCUGUGGAGCAUCAGUGGUAUGGCUUCUUUUAUGGGGGAGACUGCUAUCUGGUCCUCUACACAUACGAGGUGAAUGGGAAGCCACAUUACAUCUUGUACAUCUGGCAGGGCCGCCGCGCCUCAAAGGAUGAGCUGGCAGCCUCGGCAUACCAGGCCGUGGAGGUGGAUCAGGAGUUUGCUGGGGCCCCUGUGCAGGUUCGAGUUACCAUGGGGAAGGAGCCACGCCACUUCAUGGCCAUCUUCGAAGGGAAGCUUGUUAUCUUUGAGGGUGGGACUUCCAGAAAGGGAAACGCUGAGCCCGACCCUCCAGUGAGGCUCUUCCGGAUUCAAGGAAACGACAAAUCCAACACCAAAGCGGUGGAGGUUCCAGCCUUGGCCUCCUCCCUAAACUCCAAUGAUGUCUUUCUGCUGCGGGCCCAAGCAGAACACUACCUGUGGUACGGCAAGGGGUCUAGUGGGGAUGAGCGGGCAAUGGCCAAGGAGCUGGCCGGCCUUCUCUGCGAGGGCACCGAGGACACUGUGGCCGAGGGCCAGGAGCCGGCUGAGUUCUGGGACCUGCUGGGAGGCAAGACUGCCUACGCCAAUGACAAAAGACUACAGCAGGAAAUCCUAGAUGCGCAGCCCCGUCUCUUUGAAUGUUCCAAUAAGACAGGGCGGUUCGUUGUCACUGAGAUCACAAACUUCACCCAGGAUGACCUGAACCCAGGUGAUGUGAUGCUCCUGGAUACCUGGGACCAGGUAUUCUUGUGGAUCGGGGCUGAGGCCAAUGCCACAGAGAGGGAGAGAGCCCUCACGACGGCCGCGGAGUACCUGCACACUCACCCCAGUGGCCGAGACGCUGACACACCGAUCCUGAUCAUUAAACAGGGGUUUGAGCCUCCCACCUUCACAGGAUGGUUCUUGGCCUGGGACUCGCAUAUGUGGAGUGCAGGGAAAUCGUAUGAACAGUUAAAAGAAGAGCUGGGAGACACUGCUGCUAUCACAAGAAUCACCGCGGACAUGAGGAAUGCAACCCUCUCCCUGAAUUCUGAGCCAAAAUAUUACCCUAUAGAAGUUCUGUUGAAAAAUCAAAAUCAGGAGCUGCCCGAGGAUGUGAACCCUGCCAAAAAGGAGAAUUACCUCUCUGAACAGGACUUUAUUUCUGUGUUUGGCAUCACAAGAGGGCAAUUUGCUGCUCUGCCUGGCUGGAAGCAGCUCCAAAUGAAGAAAGAAAAGGGGCUUUUCUAAGGCAAGAAGCUAUAUGCCUACUGCAAGACCACAGAAGAGAGCAGAGCGUGCCAAUAUCAGGAAAAGAAUUUACCUGCCAAUUUUUGCCUAAUAGCCAGCUCCUUAAGUCAGAUGCAAAUCACAGCAUGUUCUCCAUUUUUCUCAUCCCUGCAUUCCUUGUUAUAUACCUAAAAUGUUAAAUACUCAGUUUUCGAUUUUUGUGGCCUUCCGGCGUUCCAGCAGAAAGCACUAAACCUGCAUCAUGAAUCCACUGAAGUCAAAGUAAGAGGAAAAAAAAACAACGAAGUUUAAAGCGUUUAAUAAUGGGGCAAGGACACACA